GAAGAAGGCGGCGGGAUCGAGCCAGGCCUGGUCCAGCGCUCGUAAAACUCGUCUCGCUCCGUAGAAAUACCUCGCGUUAUACGUCGAAACUUCCGGUCGAAACGGAACGAAUACACGUUUUUCCUACACUCUCCUUUCCCUUCUUUUUCUUCGAUGCGCGAUACUCGCGGGAUCGCGUCCGCGUUGUAGAACAACGGACUUCGUCGUUGGGAAAAAGGGGAAAACCGAACGGAAAGACAAACGGAGGAAAAGUUUUCGACGAAACAAUGUUUCGCCCCGUGGGAAUGUGAGAUGCCGAUCGGCUGAAAAUGCAGUGUUUCGCGUGCGAGCACAAUACUCGUCCACGUGUACCAGGGAGACAACGCUUCAGCUCGUCGCGGUUCGCUUAGAGUUCUCUUCUCGUUCGCCUCGAUCGACGAAAAAAAAAAAAAGGUGAUACCAACGCGCGAUUCUACGUUCCUCAGUAAUUGAUCUUCGAUUCAUUGACACAUCAUGGCGACCAGAGCCGUCACUGUGGGGGCGGCAUCAGGAACAGCGGGGAUAUCUGGUGAGGCAGGUUUAGCUGGUGUACCUAGACUUCUGGAGGACUUGGCUCGACUUUCCGAGGACAAAGAUACAGCUGACAUUGUCUUUCUGCUAGGAAGGGACGAGACACCGGUUUACGCUCACAGAAUUAUCCUUCAAGCUAGGUGCAAGAACUUUACUGCCGCGAAGAGGAUCGGGACACCGGGAAAUCCAACCCCAAUGCGUAUGCCGCACGCUCAUCCAGAGACUUUUCGACAAUUUAUCCAUUACGUGUACACAGGCAAGAUCAUGCUUCAGGAUAACGGUAUAUUCGAAAUGCUGGGUCUCGCGCAAGAAUUGGGAGUCGAAGAACUUUGGAGAAGUUGCGAGGAACACGUCUCCGCCACUCUAAGUCCAGGAAACGCGUGUGCCCUUCUGACUGCGGCGUUAGAUGCCCAAGAGCGAGUUCCUAGUGGCAAAGGAGCUUGUUCUUCCUUCAUUGAAAGAUGUUUCGCUUUCAUUGGAGAAAAUGCUGUAGAUACGGUUAAAACGACAGCAUUUUGUAAUCUUCCAAAGGAUGCCUUGGUGAAGCUUAUAUCUUCGGAUUACUUAGGAUUGGAGGAAGAAGAUGUUUGGAGAGCAGUACUAAACUGGGCAAAAUAUCAGGCAGGGGUGACGCAGCCUACUCAACACUGGACAGAGGAGGAGCGCGUGAGGGUUUGCCAACAUUUAUCCGGAGUGAUAAAUCAUGUUCGCCUUCUACUAAUCGACAGCCAGGUCUUUGCGGAGGAAGUAGAACCAACCGGAGCAGUGCCUAUAGAACUUUCCUUGGAGAGGUACGAAUUUUUCAAUCCCGAUCGAUCAAGUGGCUCAAAACCCAUAAGGUAUAGGUAUGCAGCGCUACCAAACAAAUAUGCAGAAAUUUGUGCAGAUAAGCGGUUACAGCCAAGAGUUAGUCCAUUUCUGUUUCCGGGAUCACAAAUUCUAUCGCGAGAUAAGAUGGGUUUCCAACGUCUACUGAAUCAGUGGUAUGGAUCUCCAAAACAAAGUUGGCGUCUAGUAUACCGAGCUUCUAAUCAUGAUUAUUCUGCAUCAUCAUUUCACCGACAUUGUGAUGGAGUUUGUCCGACAUAUGUAAUUGCAUUGGGAACUCGAGGAGAAAUUUGUGGAGGCUUCAGUGAUGUGCCAUGGGGUAAAACAAAUGCCAAGGGUCACUAUAUUUUUUCAGAAAAAGCUUUCUUAUUCACUUUAACAAAUAACCAAGAUGUACCUCCAACGAAAUAUGAUAUUGUUAAAAAGCCUUUUGCGCUUUGUUAUCAUCCAGAUAUCGGACCAAUUUUUGGAGCAGGUGCUGAUUUACUAAUUUCUAGUAAUUGUAACGUAAAUAAGGAGAGCUACAGUAAUCUUCCUCACAGCUACGAUGGCGAACAUGCCUCUAAUACUGUACUUAUGGGAGACUAUCAUUUUUUUGUAGUAGAUUAUGAAGUUUUUACUCCCAGUCAUUCAGUUUCCAAAUCUGCUCAUUAACAGUAUAUAAGUAUUCUUUUCAUAA